UACUAGUUUAAAACCAACAUAUCCAAACAAACGAUGGCUUCUUCCUCCACCCAUGUCUAUCUUUUAAGCUCGGUUUUCUUGAUGAUCUUCUUUCAACUAUCCUCACACCAGCAACUAUGUCGUAAGGACGAGUAUCUUGCUCUAAUGCAAUUCAAAGACAGCUUUGUCAUUGAAAGGCAAGCAUCUACUUGUCCUAAAGUGGAUCUCUGGAAAUCUCAAGGGGUUGAUUGUUGCUCAUGGGAGGGCAUAUGGUGUGACCAGAACACUUCUCAUGUCAUAGGCCUUGAUCUCAGUAGUUCUUGUCUUUUUGGUUCUAUCAAUUCCAGCAGUAGCCUCUUUCGCCUUGGACACCUUCAAUACCUCAACCUUGCACUCAACAACUUCAAUUUCUCAAAGAUACCAUCUGCAAUGGGCAAUCUUUCCAGGUUAACUUAUCUCAACCUCUCUGGUUCUUUCUUUUCUAGUCAAAUUCCACUUGAAAUUUCAAAACUCUCCAAUUUAGCUAAGCUUGACCUUUCUUUCAAUCUUGAUUAUUCACAUCAAGGAUUGUUGGAACUCAAAAGGCCUGAUUUGAACAACCUAGCUCAAAACUUAACCAAGCUAGAAUGGCUUGACCUCUCUUUUGUUGGUAUAAAUUCUCCAAUACCUAAGGCCCUGGCUAAUAUGUCAUCAUUGACAUAUCUCCAUUUUGGUCAAUGUGGACUAUUUGGAAAGUUUCCCACAAACAUUUUUCAACUACCUAAACUUCGAGUCCUUGAUUUGGAUAACAAUUGGCAACUUAGUGGUAGUUUUCCUGAAUUUCACUCUCACAAUCAACUUAGGGUACUUGAUGUUAGAAACACAACCUUUUUUGGUGAGUUACCUGUCUCAAUAGGAAUGCUUAGCUCUUUGGAAUAUUUAGAUGUUAGUAGUUGUAACUUCUCAGGUUUGGUACCACCUUCAAUUGGUAAUCUCACCAAACUCCAUGUAUUGAACCUCCCAAAUAAUUCUUUUAGGGGAGAAAAUGCUCCUUUCUUCUCAAACCUCACUCAACUAAUUCAAAUAAAUCUUAAAUUAAAUCAAUUCACUUUUAGUGAGGUCCCUUUUUCUUUGGCUAGCUUGACCCAUCUCAUCAAGAUAGACCUUUCUUUUAAUCAUAUUACUGGCCAUUUUCCAUCUUGGAUUACAAACCUAACAGAUUUAAGACAAUUGGGUCUCGGGUCUAAUAAGUUACAGGGAUCUCUUCCAAGCUCAAUUUCCAGACUUAAGAACCUUGAAACACUCUUUGUUUACUUCAAUAACUUAAGUGGUAUUGUUGAGUUUGACACAUUUCUUGAACUCAAAUCCCUUAAAUCAUUGGAAUUAGGCUUUAAUAAUUUCUCAUUAGUAAUCAAAACUCCCACCAAUAGAACAAUUCCAAAGUUUAAAUUACUUGGUCUUGCCUCUUGUAAUCUAAGAGAGUUUCCAGACUUUUUGCGUAACCAAAGUGAAUUGAAUAUCCUCAGCCUCGGCUCCAACAACAUCCAUGGCCAGAUACCUAGUUGGAUAUUGAAUAUGAGUGCAAAUUUGUGGGCUUUAGAGCUUUCUCACAACAAUUUCACAAGUUUUGAAGAAUCCUUUCUUGUUUUUCCUUGUCCUAGUCUUUUAUAUCUAGACCUUAGUUUUAACUUUCUCAAAGGUUCUCUACCAAUCCCACCGCUCUCCAUCCUUUUCUACUUAGUUUCUGGGAAUAUGUUCACUGGAGAAAUUCCACAUCAAUUCUGCAACAUGACUUCUCUUCAAGUGCUGGAUUUGUCUCACAAUAAUUUGAGCGGAAUGAUGCUGCAAUGUUUUGGCAACCUCAGCUCCAUGUUGGUUUUAAACUUGGAAGGAAACAACCUCCAUGGUCUUAUUCCUGAAACAUGGGAAACUGGAAACAAACUCGAAGCAAUUAAAAUGGGACAAAAUAAUUUGCAUGGGAGGUUCUAUGGCACAAUUUCAAUCGAAGUACCAGAGACAAAUUUCUUGUUUCCUAAGCUCCGCAUCAUUGACCUCUCAAACAACAGAUUUGUUGGCACUUUGCCAAUAGACUUCUUUGCAAGAUGGAAUGCCAUGGCUAAUCUUGAUGGGGAGAAUGCAAUAUAUUUGCAAGCAUAUAAGCGCUAUUUAAUGGUGAACCUUCUCGUCGUUCCUUUUCAAUUUCCUUACUCAAUGACAAUAACAAACAAAGGAGAGAAAAUGGAAUAUGCAAAGAUCUUGGAGGUUUUUAGUGCCGUGGAUCUUUCUUGCAACAAAUUUGAUGGAGAGAUUCUAGAAGUAGUUGGGAACUUAAAGGGACUUCAAUUGCUCAAUCUUUCCAACAACAUCCUUGUUGGUCCAAUCCCAACAGCCUUGGGAUAUCUCACAAAUCUUGAAGCACUUGACCUUUCUCAAAACAAACUUACUGGAAGAAUUCCUACACAACUAACACGGCUCAAUUUUCUUGCAGUCUUCAAUGUGUCUCACAACCAUUUGACAGGUUCUAUCCCAAAAGGCAAACAGUUUGAUACAUUUGAAAAUAGCUCUUUUGGUGGAAAUUUAGGAUUGUGUGGAAUGCCACUGUCAAGGCAAUGUAACUACUAUAACUCUGAGGAUUUGCCUCCACCGUCUCCAACCUCCAAAGGAAAUGAAGUCUCUGGAUUGUUAGCUGAAUUUAGUUGGAAAUUGGUGUUGCUGGGUUAUGGAUGUGGAUUCCUCAUUGGUGUGGUUAUUGGAAACAUUGUUUUUACAAGAAAACGUGAAUGGUUUUUGAAGACAUUCCGAAACAGGCAUCCAUGAAGGCAAAGGAAGGGGGGGUAAAAGAUUGAAUAGGAGCAAGGAGUGAAGAUGAUAUCACUUCAUUGUUUAUGCUUUUUUCCCUUCUUUUAUUUGUUUUGUGAUUACAAGUCAAGUUCAGUGCAAGUCUAAUGUAUGGUAUGGAGUGGAAUUUCAAUCUUCAUGAAUAAGUACUUACUGCUACUUUAGCAGCUGAUAGUGAAUAUUAAUAAUUUUCUUUUAGUAAAUUCUUUGCUUUCCA